AAAAAACAGCUUCAGCCAGAAAAAAGGUCACAUUUUUUCAUUUUUGGAGGUGGUCUCUCCUUUUAGCCUCCGAACGUAUACCUCACUCGCUACAGUUGCGCGUAGACGAAUAAUAAAUAGAAACCAUAUCCACUGAAAAAUAAAGAACAAACAGUGACGUAAAAGCUAGAAUUCAAUGUAAUGCACCGCACGAAACCUCUCACUUAUCCACCGUUAGAUCUUAGUCAAAAGUCAACAAAACACAAAUCCAACGAUUCUGUUUUUGUAUCCGUGUAAAUUAAUCACACGGUAGUUUUUGAUGAAAAGACAACAAUCGGAGAACAAUCUGGUCUGCUGCUAAAAUUUAAUAAAUUGUUUUGUCUAAUUGUCUCCACCCAUAAAAAAGCGCGAAUUCAAUUCACCGACUAAAGACAUUCUCCGGUGGAGACCCCGAUGCAAUCCACUCAUAUAAGCGGCGGAAGUAGCGGUGGUGGUGGUGGAGGAGGAGGAGAGGUGAGUCGAAGUGGAUUAUCUCGGAUCCGUUCAGCUCCAGCUACUUGGAUUGAAACCCUACUCGAAGAAGAUGAAGAAGAAGGUUUAAAACCUAACCUUUGUUUAACAGAGCUGCUUACUGGUAAUAAUAACUCUGGAGGAGUGAUAACGAGUCGUGACGACUCGUUCGAGUUCCUGAGUUCUGUUGAGCAAGGAUUGUAUAAUCAUCAUCAAGGUGGUGGCUUUCACCGUCAGAAUAGUUCUCCGGCUGAUUUUCUUAGUGGGUCUGGUUCUGGGACUGAUGGGUAUUUCUCUAAUUUUGGUAUUCCGGCGAAUUAUGACUAUUUGUCGACCAACGUUGAUAUUUCUCCGACUAAACGGUCUAGAGAUAUGGAAACACAGUUUUCUUCUCAGCUGAAAGAAGAGCAAAUGAGUGGUGGGAUAUCAGGAAUGAUGGAUAUGAACAUGGACAAGAUUUUUGAGGAUUCAGUUCCUUGUAGGGUUCGUGCUAAACGUGGUUGUGCUACUCAUCCUCGUAGCAUUGCUGAACGGGUGAGAAGAACGCGAAUAAGUGAUCGGAUUAGGAGGCUGCAAGAGCUUGUUCCUAACAUGGAUAAGGUAAAUUCUUUUUACAAGGCAGAUUGGUUUUAAGUUUUCUUUGAAGUUUUUAAAAAGAAUUACCAAAUGGGUCCAAGAUUAGAUAUGCUUAAAGCUUAAGGUUAGAGCAUUAUUGUGAAGGCAUUAUUGGUUCUUAAGGUAGGAGCUAGUGCUUAGCCGUAAAGUAAAGGAAUUUGGAUGUUAACUGUUGAUGAUUGUGAAGGCAUUAUUGGAACUUCAAAACUACUUACUCCUUAAUCCAUAAACUAUGGUUGUGCAGUCUUUUAGAAGAUUCAAUGCAUGAUAGUCCGGGAGAGUUAUAACGCGAAGAUUCGUUUUUUUUUGUAUUUUCUUUGUUGCAGCAAACCAACACUGCAGACAUGUUGGAAGAAGCUGUGGAGUAUGUGAAGGCUCUUCAAAGCCAGAUCCAGGAAUUGACAGAGCAGCAGAAGAGAUGCAAAUGCAAACCUAAAGAAGAACAAUAAUGUAUCCUUUAGGAUUUGAUAUAUCUGUAUUUUAUUUUUGUACUAUCUAAAAAUGGUGAUGAUCUGUUCGAAAAUUCGAAACAUGAUCUUAUAUAUUGAACUAGAAAAAAUAGAUAUAUAUGAAUUUUAGCUGUAAAAUUUUUGUACAAUAAGGAGAAAAAGAUUUAGAAGAGUCAAUAAAAAGAUGAUGUUUACAAGUCGAGAAUAUAUAUUUUGUUAGUUUUGUUUAUCAAUUUAUGCUCAAGGUUUCAG